AAAGCGGGUAAUUUUUAGUGGAGCUUGUAAAGUCGCUUAACCCUCGAGCAUAUCUGGUUAUCAUUGUUUAUAUAUUUUAUAAUCCUCUGCAUUUCUCUGUUGACUAGUUUCCAUUUUUUUCUUCAAGCGUCCAGUAUUUUUAACUGGAGUUACAAGACUAUUUAAACAUUUGUAACGUUCGCUAAUAUGCGUCAUGUUCGAUGUCUAUCACAAUGGCGGUUUUACCCUGAUUCUGAAGUUAACAUCCCCGUAAAUUUUUUCUUUACAAGAGCUUUCUUGGGAGACCACUUCAAAGGUUUUCGAACAUGUAAGGAAGUAGCAAAAACGGGCAAAAAUCCUAGCAACACAGUCAGUUCUAAUUGUGUGUCUGAAUUCCCUCAGGGCAAAAAGUUGGAUCAACAAAACGAAUCUAAUUUUAUCGAAACGGUCCCCACGGUCGUUUCAAAGCACACAGUCUUUUCUGAUUCCGAAGAAAGUGAUGAUAAACAGAAACCUGCGGUCACUCUAGAAGUAAAACAACACCCAACCUACCAUACUGACGUAAAUCGUUCACCGAUCGGUCGGCCUCUGCAAUCGAAAAAGUAUUUUUCAUCUGUUUCCUACACAUUAAAACAUUUGCUUCAUUCUGAUUCUCUUACAUCGGAAAGUGACUCUUCAUCAUCUGGCUCGAAGCCUAACCUCAAAACCCGAAAUUCCAUACCCCAGGCUGCUACUUCUCGAGUAGAAAAAAGAACAGUCCCAAAUGAUCUCUCCUAUACUGGUUCAGAAACUAAUAGCAGUGUAGAUGGUAGUGAAAUCAAUGAAUUAUGCAAAUUAUUGGAUGAAAUGCAACAACUGGGUCUUCCUACUAGUUUUGGUUGUCUACGCAAACAAGAAUCAGCGAAUCCGAAGUCUUCAAAGUCUGAAGACAUUUCAUUUGAUUACGAUGACGAGGAGGAAGUGGACCAAUGGUUGUUAGUGUUUGCAAGCGAAUGUAAAAAUAAUCUUGCACAAAGAAAACAGAGAAAUAUUGUGCGUCUGUGUCUGUCAAAUCUUGAUAUUAAAUCUAUGCAGUAUUCUGGAUCACUGUGUAUGAGUUCGUCGGGAGAGUUAAGAAGUUUGGUUGAUCCGCAUAUAUGUGCAGGAUCAGUUUUUUCACGGAUGUGCUAUGUGUUGGAGAUGGUAUGUGUGUUCUCCAGUGACUUUAAUGACAACAAUAGUUAUCAUGUACUGAACGCAUGGGAACUGAAUCUACCUCGUUGUUGGAAUUCACCAACAUUCAACUUAGAGGCCCUUUUAUACAACUGUCGCUUCUUUUGGCGUUAUAACCCACCUGUACCUAAAUUAACUUGUGAAUCCAACCACUUGAUGUGCGCUAACUUUGAUCCUUCAAUGGAUAAAUAUUGGGCUCAAAGAUUUCGUUUAUUCUCUCGUUUUGAUUCUGGGAUCCAAGUUGAUUGUGAUUCAUUAUUCAGUGCUACUCCUGAAGUAAUUGCUGCUCAUCAGGCCAAACGUAUAUAUCGAGUUUUUACACCUCAGACGAAAGGUAGUCACACAAUUUUGGACAUAUUCUGUGGUACCGGAUCAAAUGCCAUACAAUUCGCUUUACGUGGAUUUCGAGUGAUUGCAAUUGAAUCUGAUCCAAUUCGUAUUUCAAUGGCUGCACAUAAUGCAGAAAUUUAUGGCGUUCGUCAUCUUAUUGAAUUUAUUUGUGAAGAUUAUUUCACUUGGGCAUGGAAGCAGGUUCAAUCAAAUAUUGUUUCUCAAUCUAGUAUGAGAAAUAACACUAGAUACAUUGCUGCUCUAAUGUCACCACCAUGGGGUGGACCUAAUUAUUUGGAACUUGAAAGUUUUAAUUUAUCAUCUAUAAAAUUUCAUAAUUCCAACACAGAUUUAUGGUGUGCUUUGUAUUUAGCUCUAGUAUUGACCAAUGGGAAUGUAGCGUUAUUUUUACCUCGUAAUACAAAUAUGGCAGAUUUUUUGGAAAUCUCAGUCAAAUGUAUUAAACAAAUAAUGAUGGAUUCGUUAGACAUUGAAUUUGAAUUGAACUUGAUUAAUUUUAAAAGUAAAGCUUUAACUGUUUAUUUUGGUGCUUUAGCAAAUGCUAACAACAGAAAAACAACAACUAAUACAAAAGUUGAUCAUUCAGAUGAAUCAGAUAAUUGUAAUUAGUAUUAUGGUGUUGAUAAUAAAUGCAUUUUUAUUUGUAAAUAGUCUUCGUAAUUUGUAAGAUUCCGUUGUUUUCCUUUUUUUAAGAAACUUUUAUAUCCAAACUUUCUGCUUAGUUAAUAAAUGCUUAACUGGCUAAGUUUCAAAUUGUAUUAUGAUUUGUUGAUUGAGCUGUUCAACAUAUCAUGUAUUUUUUGUUAUAUUAUGAUAAAUAAAAU